AUGUCUAAUAAUAAAUACAAUGGGCAGGAUCCAUUUAGUGAUGGGAACAACUUGAUUGAUCUAGACCAUGGAAGAAGUAGUAGUGACGUGUUUCAAUAUACACCGUACGAAUCAGGCAUCCCACAGAGCCAACAGCAGUACACUACAAGGGAUAGUUUUUCAUUCGGUGAAGGUCCUAGUGGUGGCAGACAAAUGAAUAAUAGCAACCCCUUUAGUGAUCCCUUUGAAGACGACCACAACAAUUCGUUCUAUGAUUAUGACAACUCCGGGAGCUUUAGAAAGGCUCCUCUCUUGAACACUCAGAAUAGGCCUCCCUAUGAAGAUGCUACCGGUGGAGGAGGUGCGGGUGGGUUCUUCAAUGGAAUAGCAGGAAAGAUCAACAACACCAACGACUACAUUGGAAUGCGAGAUUUCGACGAUAAGAGUGGAGGACAAUCGGAUUUUGAUAUACGCAAAAUAUGGGGCAAUAUUAAGGCAAAAGUAAGUGGGAAGAAACUGACAUCAGAUUCCGGUAAAAAGGAACCUCGGCAAAUUUAUAUCAUGAAUCACUCAGCAAAUGCAUCGUUUGGUUAUUAUGAUAAUCAUAUUUCUACCACAAAAUAUAAUUUUGCUACUUUUCUACCCAAGUUUCUUUUCGAACAGUUUAGUAAAUACGCCAACUUGUUCUUCUUGUUUACGUCCAUCAUCCAACAGGUCCCCAAUGUUUCUCCAACGAACAGAUUUACCACCAUUGGGACGUUAAUGGUUGUGUUGUUGGUUUCGGCUAUCAAGGAAUCAAUGGAAGACCUCAAGAGAUCAAAUGCCGAUAAGGAAUUGAAUACUACAAGAGUUCAAGUUCUUGAUCCAGUGUCGGGAGAUUUCCACACAAGAAAAUGGAUCAAUGUAAAAGUUGGUGAUGUUGUUAAGGUUCAUAAUGAAGAGCCGUUCCCUGCUGAUUUGAUAUUAUUAAGCUCUUCUGAACCAGAGGGGUUAUGUUAUAUUGAAACCGCAAACUUAGAUGGGGAAACAAAUUUAAAAAUUAAGCAAGCCAAAGAGGAAACAGCACAUUUAGUUGAUCCCAAAAGAUUAGUUUCUGAAUUGGACCAUUCAGAAAUCGUUUCAGAACAACCCAACUCCUCAUUAUAUACCUAUGAAGGGAAUUUGAAGAAUUUUGGAAACAAUGAUGUUCUUCCUUUAUCCCCAGAUCAAUUGUUAUUACGUGGUGCAACCUUACGUAAUACCCAAUGGAUUUUGGGUGUUGUUGUAUUUACUGGUCAUGAAACUAAGUUGAUGCGUAACGCCACUGCUACUCCUAUCAAAAGAACGGAUGUUGAAAGAAUCAUUAAUUUACAAAUUGUUGCCUUGUUUUGUAUUUUAAUCAUUUUGGCUCUUGUUUGCUCCUUUGGAAAUGUCAUUAAGGUUCAAGUAUCAAAGAAACAAUUGAGUUAUUUGUAUUUAGAAGGUACAAAUUUAGUUGGGUUAUUCUUUAAAGAUAUCUUAACUUAUUGGAUUUUGUUUUCUAACUUGGUCCCAAUUUCUUUGUUUGUGACAGUGGAACUUAUCAAGUAUUAUCAAGCCUACAUGAUUGGUAGUGAUUUGGAUAUGUACUAUGAAGAAUCGGAUACUCCUACUGGGGUGAAAACUUCUUCUUUGGUUGAAGAAUUGGGUCAAAUUGACUAUAUUUUCAGUGAUAAGACAGGAACACUUACCCGGAAUAUUAUGGAGUUCAAAACUUGUUCAAUUGGUGGAAGAUGCUAUAUUGAAGAGAUACCUGAAGAUGGACAAGCACAAAUCAUUGAUGGCAUUGAGAUUGGAUAUCAUAAAUUCACUGAUAUGUUUAAUGAUUUAAGAGACGUCAGUAGUUCUCAAUCUGCUAUCAUUAAUGAGUUUAUGACAUUAUUGAGUACUUGUCAUACAGUUAUUCCAGAAGUAAAUGAAGAGAAUGGACAAAUUAAAUAUCAAGCUGCUUCACCAGAUGAAGGUGCAUUGGUUCAAGGUGCAGCUGAUCUAGGUUAUAAAUUCACCACUCGUGUUCCUAAAGGUAUUAGCAUUAUAAACACAAUAACUGACCAAUCUUUGGAUUAUGAGUUGUUGAACAUUUGUGAAUUCAACUCUACGAGAAAGAGAAUGUCUGCAAUCUACAGGUGUCCUGAUGGAGUAAUUAGAUUAUUCUGUAAGGGUGCUGACAAUGUGAUUCUUGAAAGGUUGUCCAAAGACGAACCUCAACCGUUUGUGGAUGCUACGUUAAGACAUCUUGAAGACUUUGCAGCAGAAGGUUUGAGAACCUUGUGUAUUGCCUCAAGGAUAAUCCCUGAAGAGGAAUAUCAAGAGUUUGCGGCUAAAUACUAUAAAGCGUCGACCUCUUUAGAAGACAGAAGUGGUGAAUUAGAUGCUGUGGCUGAAAGCAUUGAAGUUAAUUUAUUUCUUUUAGGUGCCACAGCUAUUGAAGAUAAAUUACAAGAUGGUGUACCAGAAACCAUUCAUACAUUACAGGAGGCUGGUAUUAAAAUUUGGGUAUUAACUGGAGAUAGACAAGAAACGGCUAUUAACAUUGGAAUGUCGUGUAAAUUGCUUAGUGAAGACAUGAAUUUGCUUAUUAUCAAUGAAGAAACAAAGCAUGACACGAAAUUGAACUUGCAAGAGAAACUACAAGCAAUUUAUGAGAACCAACCUGAGAAUGAAGUUGCAUUAGAAUCUACCCUUGCAUUGAUUAUUGAUGGCCACUCCUUGGGGUUUGCCUUGGAUCCUGAAUUAGAAGACAUGUUUAUUGAUUUGGGAAGUAGAUGUAAGGCAGUUGUAUGUUGUCGGGUUUCACCUUUACAAAAGGCAUUAGUUGUAAAGAUGGUCAAACGGAAGAAGAAGAAGUCAUUAUUAUUAGCCAUUGGAGAUGGUGCGAAUGAUGUCUCUAUGAUUCAAGCUGCUCAUGUGGGUGUUGGUAUUAGUGGGAUGGAAGGUAUGCAAGCUGCUAGAAGUGCUGAUGUUUCCAUUGGUCAGUUCAAGUAUUUGAAGAAGUUACUUUUGGUACAUGGCGCUUGGUCUUACAGACGUAUUUCCAUUGCUAUCCUUUAUUCAUUUUACAAGAAUAUCGCAUUAUACAUGACUCAAUUCUGGUUUGUUUUUACCAACGCUUAUUCUGGACAGUCUAUUGCUGAAUCAUGGACAUUGACAUUUUAUAAUGUGUUUUUCACCGUGUUACCACCAUUUGUUUUAGGUGUUUUCGAUCAAUUUGUUAGUGCCCGAUUACUUGACCGGUAUCCUCAAUUGUAUCAAUUGGGACAGCAAAGAAAGUUUUUUAAUGUGAAUAUUUUCUGGAGUUGGAUCAUCAAUGGGUUUUAUCAUUCAGCAGUGAUCUUUCUCACUGCUUACUACAUCUACAGUUAUGGUAACAUGUUACCAGGGGGAGAAAUUGCUAAUAAUUGGGCUUGGGGGACUAUGGUCUAUACAACAUGUACUUUAACUGUGUUGGGAAAAGCAGCACUCACCGUCACUUUAUGGACCAAAUUUACCUUCCUUGCAAUCCCUGGAUCCUUUUUAUUGUGGCUUGGGUUCUUUCCUGCCUUUGCUACGAUUGCACCAUUGAUCAAUGUAUCUAAGGAAUAUGAAGGUGUUUUGGCACACACAUAUCCCUCCAUUACGUUUUGGGCAGUUGUAUUUGGAGUCUCCAUUUUGUGUCUUCUCCGAGACUUUGGAUGGAAAUACUUAAAGAGAAUUUACUCUCCAGAGAGUUAUCAUUAUGUUCAAGAGAUACAAAAAUAUAAUAUCCAAGAUUAUAGACCAAGAAUGGAACAAUUCCAAAAGGCUAUUAGAAAGGUUAGGCAAGUUCAACGAAUCAAGAAACAAAGAGGAUUUGCUUUCUCCCAAACAGAAGACCAAGAGAAAAUCGUCAGAUUGUAUGAUACCACUAAGAAGAGAGGAGUCUUUGGUGAGUUGUCAGAAGGCAUAUGA